AACGAAGCUUUUUUUUUCUACGUCACUACCGGCAGGAUUCGGGACGCCAGGAAGAACAGUCAGUGUGCGCCGCUCGAUGAAUGAAACUGAACGACAAACUUCAUUCAUUCAUUCAUUCAACUUUCCGACGAAAUUUGACAGUGUUUGCCUAGCAUUACAUGCUAGCUUGCUCUACCAAGUGUACGUGUGUAUGUUUGUUACUGUAGCUGGAAACAUUUGCUUAAAAGUGUGCAGUCGUCUGUGCGCGUGCAUACGUGACUCCAGCUGCAGCCAAGUGUGUUUAUGUGUGUGAAGAGCCUGUGUGUGCCAUGUCAGUAUCAGUGAUCAUAAAGUGGGGAGGUCAGGAGUACUCCAUCAGUUCUCUGUCUGAGGAGGACACAGUGAUGGACCUGAAACAGUCCAUUAAGACCUUGACUGGGGUGCUGCCGGAGAGACAGAAACUACUGGGACUCAAGGUCAAAGGUAAACCUGCAGAGGAUGAGGUGAAGCUGGGCUCUCUGAAGCUGAAGCCUAACACUAAGAUCAUGAUGAUGGGUACCAGAGAGGAGAGCCUGGAAGAGGUUCUAGCCCCUCCCCCAGAGAACGAUGACGUGGUCAAUGAUUUUGACAUCGAGGAGGAGGUCAUUGAAGUGGAGAACAGAGAGGAGAACCUGGCUAAGAUCGCCCGCAGAGUGAAAGACUAUAAGGUGGAGGAGAUGAACCCUCCCAGAGAAGGCAAGGGUCUUCUGGUACUGGAUGUGGACUAUACACUGUUCGAUCACAAGUCGUGUGCAGAAACGGGUCAGGAGCUGAUGAGACCAUACCUUCACGAGUUUCUGACAUCAGCCUACGAGGACUAUGACAUUGUCAUCUGGUCUGCUACAAGUAUGAAGUGGAUUGAUGCCAAAAUGAAAGAGUUGGGAGUGACAGACAACCCUAACUACAAGAUUACGUUCAUGUUGGACAGUGCAGCAAUGAUCACGGUACAUACCCCUAAGAGAGGGGUCGUGGAGGUGAAGCCCCUGGGUGUGAUAUGGGGGAAGUACGGAGAAUUUUACAACAGGAAGAACACCAUUAUGUUUGACGACAUUGGACGAAAUUUCCUCAUGAACCCACAGAAUGGACUAAAGAUCCGACCCUUCAUGAAGGCCCAUCUUAACAGAGAGAAGGACAGGGAGCUCUAUAAACUGGCUCAGUACCUUAAAGAAAUUGCCAAGCUUGAUGACUUCAGUGGACUCAACCACAAACACUGGGAGAGGUACCUAUCUAAAAGGCAGCACCACUGAAGAGGGACUGCAUCCUCUGCAAAGACUUGGGCUGGACGCUACCAUCCCAUUAUCCAGUUCACACACACACACACACACACACACACACGCCCUUUAUUACAAACCUUACUACAAAUCCUAAACUAACCCUGCAGCCACCAACACUCAAAAGCUCAGGACUGAGAUGGGCUUCCCAAUUUAUAUCUUUGCAUGUUCUCUCCCGAAUCACACAGUUUUCGCAUUUAUUACAAUAAUAAUGGCAGUUACCUAACGUCAGUUACCUGUGCGGUAAUCGUAAAAUACACCUGGGUUAAAAAACUACCCCUAGGUUUGAGGCCGCAUGCCACGAUCAACCAUGAGCCACAAACAUCUACAAACCUACUUCAGUCAGCUGUCUAGAAUACAUCUUGAAGCCCACGGCUAAACAGUACCUGAAAAUAUUUGAGAUCUUUUAAACCUGCUUGGUCUUCUAGAUGGGUGGGGUUUACAACAUUUGCACAUUAUCGGUAGUGUGAAGUUGCUUGUCUUUUACUAAAAGGUAGACAUACUUUGCUCUGACUAUCAUGCUAUACCAAGCAAGUAAAAACAGAUACAAAUAAAAUGUCACCAUGGCUAAGGUCAACAGGUGGUGUCCCCCACCCCUGUACGAAGUUAAGAUCUUACCUAUUGCAUAUUCUGUAGAGACUGAGAUUAACAAAAGCCAAUAUGCUUAAUUUUACAUGUAUGAGAAAGACUGAUUGAAGAAAAUGAUUAAAUGUGAAAUUCAACAGGAAAGAAUAACUUCAACACAUUUAACAAAUAUGGUUUGUAACGCAGUACAUCUGUCAAGUUAAUUCUGCCCAAAUUGUAGUGAAAAAUGAAAGUGAAAAAUUGGAAUGGCAGAAUGUGUUGAUAGCAGUGGUCAAAGAUACAUCUAAAUCCUUGAGCAUCAAACUGAUGCCUGCAACCGACACAAUUCGACAUAUGCAAUAAUCCUCAGAGCUACUGUGACAUUAAGAGCUGUUGAGAUCAAGACUGGUUGAAAAUACUUUCAUCAAAACAAUCAAUGCCAUGUGCAUGUUUUGAUGGAAAAUGUCUUGUAUGCGGGGGUCACUAGACACAGUCCUGUGGGUUGGAGGAGGCUGUACAUACUGUAGGCACACAAACAGUCAGGUUCCAAGGGGGAUGGGUGUGUGUGCAUAUUUGCCCAGAAAUGUAUUUGUGUUUUUCUGUUCCAUUGUUACGUGACAGCUUGGUUGCUGGAAGCACUCAGAUACACACAAAGGAUUGGUUACAUUUUUUUUUGUUUUUAUGUAGAAUUAAGUAGUAUAUGUUUUGUUUAGAGCUUUUACUGAACAAUUUAGGGAAAAUGAUGGGAAUGCAAGAAACUGACAGCACAAAAUGUGCAUUUUCCAUUUCUUUUUUUUGUAGCUGCUUUAUUAAUGAAAUGAAUGUGUCUGCACUUAUUGUCAACGUUGAUUUUAAGUUAUGGAUGAAGAAGGGGAAGUAUCGGGGGAAGGUGUGUCCCACCCUAUGAUCAAGUAGCACCUGAAGCUCAUGGAAACAUCAGGAAUGUCGUUUUUUUCAAAUGUCAAGUUUACAGCUCUUUUGGACAUUCAAGUCCUUUCCAUUUCAUUUCUUGAGAUGGUUUCUUGAUCUGCUUUUUUGUGUUUUCCUCAUCACAUCCCUGACAUCCUGGCUGUAAAUAUGACAAUAAACUUUUUUUGUAUCUAAA